AUGGCCAAAACAGCUGCACUAAGGAAUGCUAUCACUCAAUUCUCUCAGCUAUCUGGUGAAACUUUUUGUGAAGCAUGGGAACGCUACAAGGAGAUGCUUCGGAAGUGCCCACAUCAUGGGAUGCCUGAUUGGAUGGUUAUCAAUUGCUUCUAUAAUGGCUUGGGUCCUCAAUCGAGACCAAUGCUCGAUGCAGCAUCAGGUGGAGCUCUAUUGACUAAGAGCUAUGAGGAGGCUUAUGAGUUGAUCGAGAUGAUGGCUGCAAAUGAAUAUCAGAAUCCUACUCAGCGUCUUCAUCAGGGCAAAGCAGCAGGGAUUCUGGAUGUUGAUGCUACUACAGCCUUGACUGCUCAAAUUAAGGCUCUUACUAUGAAGAUGGAUUCUUUGGUAAACUUGGGGAUUCAGCAACCACCUUCAGUUUGUGAGCUUUGUGCGGGUACACAUUCCACUGAUCAGUGUGCCAUAUCUAGCGAGUCAGCUCAGUUUGUGAGCAAUUUUCAGCGAUCUCAGCAGCCAGCUCCGGCUACUUAUCACCCGAAUAAUCGAAAUCAUCCGAAUUUCAGCUGGAGCAAUAAUCAGAACUUCAUGCCACAACAGCAACAACAUGAUACCGAGGCCAAUCCGGGUAAGAAAGAGAUGAAGGAACAGGUACAGGCUGUCACCUUAAGGUCCAGAAAGGUUACGAAGGAAAAAGAAUCAGCAACAGAGCAAAACAAGGAAGAGAGUGAUCAACAGGUUGAAACACCCGUGCUCUCAUCUAAGUCAGAUAGUGAAAAAACUGUUGUUGAAGCUGACAAAAAUAAAAUCAACGAGGAAGCAAGCAAGGAUUCAGCCGAGAAAUCUAGCCCGAAAGCUGAUAUUGGGGUCAAGCAAGUGUAUCCACCUCCACCUUUUCCGAAGAGACUUCAGAAGCAUAAGCUCGAUAAGCAAUUCGCUAAAUUUCUAGAGGUUUUCAAGAAAUUACAAAUCAAUAUACCUUUUGCGGAAGCUCUAGAACAGAUGCCAAGUUAUGCUAAAUUCAUGAAAGGUAUUCUAUCUCGGAAACUUAAACUUGAGGAAUUGGAGACUGUAGCUUUGACCGAGGAGUGCAGUGCGGUGUUGCAGCAGAAAUUGCCUCCGAAGCUGAAAGAUCCGGGGAGUUUCACAAUACCGUGUACCAUUGGACCAUUGUCAUUCGACAAGUGUUUAUGUGACUUGGGAGCUAGCAUUAAUCUGAUGCCAUUAUCUGUCUUCAAGAAACUUGGUCUGCCGGAGCCGAAACCUACAAACAUGUACUUACAACUGGCUGAUCGGUCCAUCACAUACCCGAGAGGUAUAGUGGAAGACGUCUUGGUUAAAGUGGAUAAGCUCAUCUUCCCUGCUGAUUUUGUGUUCAACGCAAUGAAAUUUCCAACCGAUGAAGAAGAAUGCUUUAAGGUGGAGCCACUAGAAGCUGUUGAAAAUUCUGAGAUGGAGCAAAAGCUAAGGCCAGGUACCUUAGAGAGAGUCUUAUCACGGGAUUCUGAUUUCGAAGAUGAAGGAGGAGCAGAGCUUAAGAAUUUUAAGGAGCAUCUUAAACCAUCUAUUGAAGAAGCUCCCAAUCUCGUACUCAAACUACCACCGGAUCUCUUAAGUGAUGUGCAGUUUAGAAGGUUGUCACGGCGCAUAGAUGACAUGCAUGACAUUCACCACCGUUUUGCAGAGGAUUUGACUCAGGCUCUUGGGAGUGCUUUUCGAGCCACUGGUGUUGAGGUUGAUUGGCCAGUGUUUGGAGAUGGCAUGGUGUCUCGACCACCUGAUCCUCCACCCGAGGAGGGUGAUCCUCCCGACUUCUAG